AUCAGGCUACAUUAAAUUUCAAUUUAUCAAUUUUUUUUCUAUAUUCUUAAGGUUUUGUUAAUGAGUGCCCUAGACGCAUUUAAUGGGUUUUUAGUACUUUUAUUGGUUGAUGAAUCAUUUCAAAAUAUGACGUAUUUAUUACUAAUUAAUAGAAAUGUUUAGUUCUAAAAAUAAAAAAGUAUUAAAUUCAAAGGCACUUGUUAGCAAAAUGUGUAUUCUUAAUAUGCAAUUAAACGUUACACCUGUAUGAGUAUUUGUUUGUACAUGAUGCAUGCUUAGGUACCUGAUAUAAGAUAUGGUCUUGCUUGGUUUUUUGGCUUAUACUUUUUAAGUCCGUUUCAAAGCUCAUGUCUCCAUUAACCAGAAAGAAAAUUAUGAUAGCUAGCGAUAACUUAACGUAAGAGAGACUGUUUCGCCUGAAGAUUGAGUCACAUGGUGCCUUGGCUUUUGGUGGAGUUCUUUAUCCUCCGCAGAUUAGUUUUAAGUACAAUUAAUAAAUAAAUGAAGGGUGAUGUAAGCUAUUUAAUUUAUAAAGGUGUAUUUAUUAUAUUUUAUUUUUAAAAUAUUCAAACAGUAAAGUUUUCAAUCUGUAAAUAAUUUUAUUGAUCGAUGAUAAUUAAAUUAUAUUUUGGAUUACUUCAUCAAUUAAUAGAAUUUGUUUAGAAACUAAAUUAGGAUGUUAUAAAUGCACCUUGUUUCCAAUAGAAUUGUUAAGAGUAAAGUGUAGUAAACACACUUUUUAUUUUUUGAUAUUGUACCUUAUUUUUAGAUAAUGAUGCAACAUACGAUUUAUUUAUUAUUAAUUAAUAAAAAUAUUAUUUAAAAUAAAAUAUAUUUAUUACAUCUUGGGAUAAUAUAAUACAUUAUCCUUAAAAAGGUUAAAAUAUUGCAAAAUAAGUUAAUUUAAGUAUCAUUUGUUUGGAUGUAAAAUAUUUUAUAUUGAAAAAUAUUUUUAAUAUGAAAUGUUUUACGCAAAUUAUUUUUUAUCUUAUUUUUUGGUAUUUGUUUGUUUUUUCAUAAAUUAAUUAUAUGUAUAUGCAUGAAUUAUAAAAUAUUUUUGAAAACGUGCGUGUGAAUGGCGAGAAGACUUAAAAUGAUUGAUCAAAACGGCGUCGGCAGAUCAAAACGGUGUCGUUUUGAUCCCUACUUAAAUCGAUCUUGCUCUCUCGCCGUGAUCUGCAAACUCGCAGUGGCUCGCCGUCGGUGCUUCCCGUCGCCUCGCUGCUGUUUCCUCACCGUCAGAUCUGCCGCCUCGCCGUCGAUGCUUCCCGUCGCCUCUUUAAAAUGCUUCCCGUCGAUCCGCAGACUGGUCGGGUCGCCUCAUCGCCGGUCCUUCGCCUCGCAUUGCUGGUGAAUGUCGGUCUGCAGAAGACGGAAGAGAGGAGAAGAAAACAGGAAGAGAAAGGAGCGAGGAGAGGAGAAGAAAGCGGGAGGAGAGGAAGUGCAGGUCUCCAGUCCGCACCCCUGAUCAAAACGACGCCGUUUUGAUCCGUCCGGGCUGCAGCUUCAAUCUGGACUGAUUUCAGCUUUUCUGUUUCAAGUAAUUUGCAUUUUAUAAUGUAUUUCAGGAAUCUUCCGAGGCGUCGGUUCGGGGAUCUGCAAAGCAAGAUGUUCCCGGCGUACUUCGCGAUGGAGAACACUUGCUGUGCCGUAUCAGUGGCGUGAUUCGGUUACGUUCAUCCAUGGAAGUCGUCUUCCACCUCGGAGAAGUACCAGCUUGGCUUCCUUCUCUCCGCCCUCGCUUUUAACCUCUCCAAUCUUCUCGUUUUUACGCCCCUUACCAUCGAGAUGAUGAAGCGAAGGCAGACUGGAGAGAGAACUUGGGGUAGUGCAGACCAUCUACUGCAUGCGUUCGGAAUUUAUCUCUUGAUGUUUGAGAUUAUGGGUUCGAUUUUAUCUAUAUACAAAAAUAUGUAAUUGACUGUGUCUAUCUAAGAGGUUAGUUCUGUCGGGCCUCGGCUCACAGCAAACACGCUCGUUCGGUUAAGGCUGUAGAGCAGGCGGAUUAUAAAUUUUAAAAAGGAUGAGAUAGGUUCAAGUCGAAAGGUGAUUGUGAUUGAAUGAAUCUUGAAUUUCUCGAAUUCUAAAAAAAUAUAUAUAUUAACAAGUAAACUCAAUAUAUUUAACCCUUAAAUACUUUAUUGGCAUAAUUUUAAGACACACAUUUGUUUAUAUUGUAAUAUAAAUAAUUUAUCCAAAUAUUAUAAAUAUAAGAAAAAUAGGGAGAAAACUAUAAAAGGGAAUGUAGGUGGGUUACAUGCGAUGCGAUGGACCUUGCUUGGGAGCACAAUCUUCCGAACGAAAGAGCUUUGGUUCUGUAGAUAUCUUAGGGUUUUCUUUCUUCUUCACGUGAAAUCAGAUUUACGGGCAUUCCCGGCGCCGAGUAGUUACAUUGCUUUCUGUCGAUCAUAAAAGCUAUUGCGGAGAGGAUGAAUAACUCAUCUGCAGGAGCAGGGGCGGCAGCAGCGGGACCCUCUUCAAAAGUAAGAGCAGCGCCAGCCCAACCAUCGGAAGCAGGCUUUAAGCGCAAGCGAGGAGUUUUCCAGAAAGACUUGCAGCAUAUGAUGUAUGGUUUUGGAGAUGAUCCCAAUCCACUUCCAGAAACCAUGGCACUGGCGGAGGACAUUGUUGUGGAGUAUGUGACCGAUCUGGUGCAUAAAGCUCAGGAAGUUGCCACAAAAAGGGGAAGGCUCCUAACAGAGGACUUUUUAUUCGUAAUCCGGAAGGACUUGGCAAAGCUUAACCGCUGCACUGAACUGCUAUCCAUGAAUGAGGAACUGAAGCAAGCGAGGAAAGCUUUUGAUACGGAUGAAGAAAAGAUGGGAACAAUUGAGUGAUAGGAAAGGUGGAAAGAACAUUCAACCCUUUUUCACUACCCAUGUAAUGUGCCCGAACAAAUCACAAAAAGAUUUGCAGUAUCCUGCAUAUUGGACCCAGUGAAAAGCUUUGUCUGAGCACAAAAUUUGCUGCGUCCAAACCUUAUGUUUGCCUUUGCCGAGAUCUUCUCUCGAAUUCUAAACUCUAAUGAAGCCUAUAGAAAUUUCCCUUUUAGUAUGUAACAGCAAAUUGUAAGUGCACAAGUGUGUUUGCUAUCAAAAAUAAGAUUUCCUUUUUGGUGUU